CGUAAGCAGAAUGCGACGGCGCUUGGAGCUCCGUGUCUGAGCAGCAGCAGCGGCGGCGGCGGCAGCAGCAGCAGCGGGGAGAGAUGGUCGUGUUCCCGGAGCGGAGCCGCGGCCUGUGGCGGCUCACGGUGCUCCUGCUCUCCGUGUCGUCGCUGCCCGCGGCCACGGCGCUGCUGGAGGGGCUCUACUGCGGGACGGAGGUCUGCUACGACGUGCUGGGAGUCUCCCGGGAGGCCUCCAAGGCGGAGAUCGCAAGGGCUUACCGGCAGCUGGCCCGCCGGUACCACCCGGACCGGUACCGGCCCGAGGAGCCCGGAGAUGAGGAGAACUCUCACACGAAGUUCCUGCUGAUUGCUACAGCUUAUGAGACACUGAAGGAUGAAGACUCGCGGCGCGACUACGACUACAUGCUGGACCAUCCUGAGGAAUACUACCAGCACUACUACGCCUACUACCGCCGCCGCCUCGCCCCCAAGGUCGACGUCAGGAUCGUCAUCCUCGUCACCAUCUGCGCCAUCUCCGCCGUCCAGUACGUCAGCUGGUGCAGCAGCUACAACAAGGCCAUCAACUACCUGGUGACCGUCCCAAAGUACCGGAUCCAGGCCACCGAGAUCGCCAAGCAGCAGGGCCUGCUCAGCCGCACCAAGGAGAAGGGCAAGAACCGGCGCUCCAAGGAGGAAAUCCGCGAGCAGGAAGAGGAAGUGAUCCGUGACAUCAUCAAGAACAAGAUCGACAUCAAGGGCGGCUACCAGAAGCCGAGCCUGUCGGACAUCCUGCUGUGCCAGAUGGCGCUGUUCCCCUUCUACCUGAGCCGCUACGUGGCGUGGUACGCCCGCUGGGUGUACCGCUUCACCGUCUGCCGGGAGGAGUACGGCGAGGAGGAGAAGCUCUACCUCAUCAGGAGGAACAUGAAGCUGUCGCAGGCGCAGUUCGACAGUCUGGAGGAAAACGCCAAGCAGACGUUCCUGGAGAAACAGCUGUGGGUCCGAGAAAACUAUGAGGCGUACAGGAAGGAGCGCGAGGAGGAGAUGAAGGUCAAGCUGGCGACCGACCCGAAGAUGAAGCGGUACCGCCGCUGGAUGAAGAACGAAGGCCCGGGUCGGCUGACCUUCGCAGACGACUGACGGCGGCACCGCCCGUCCAGAACCAACACAGCUGCCUCAGCGCCGGCUCAACGCCCGGCCCGGCCCGGCCCAACCCGGCCCGGCGCCGGCGGACUCCAGCCCGGCUGUUUGCAGCCGUCGAUACAGAUAUUUUCCUACAGACGCCUCAGAGUGACUGAAUAAACUGCGAGCUGAAGCUUGAUUUAUUUCUGUAUUCUAACAUUUUUACCCAUUAAAAGAAUCAGAUCCAGUUUAUAUUUAAGAUCAAA